UCGUGAAGUAUCGCUCAAGGCGAGAGAGAGACUGACAUCGCCCAAAAUGAGAAUUGAAUAGUUUACUGAACUUGGGACGAUUAUUGGUGUGCAACAUGGUUGUAACUUUUAGAAUUCCAAGGUAACGUCUGACGCUGUAUGCGUGGUUAAAGAGAACUGUUUCCGGCCUAUAGUUUAAAAACAACAUGUCUGUGAGUGCAAGUGCAGAAAACUUGUCGAGUGACAAUCAAAGCUCAGGAGACGGAGGCACUAUGUGCCUGGAACUGGCACUCGAAGGAGAAAGGCUUUGCAAGGCAGGAGAUUGUCGAGCAGGAGUUGCAUUCUUUCAGGCAGCAAUUCAAGCAGGCACCGACGACCUAAGAACACUAAGUGCUAUCUACAGCCAACUUGGGAAUGCGUAUUUUUACCUUGGAGACUAUGUUAAGGCAAUGCAGUAUCACAAACAUGAUCUGACACUUGCACGCACCAUGGGAGAUAAAUUAGGAGAAGCAAAAUCAAGUGGAAACCUGGGAAACACAUUGAAAGUUAUGGGGAAAUUUGAUGAGGCUAUGAUAUGCUGCAAGCGACAUUUAGAAAUAUCUCGGGAACUUGGUGAUAAGUUAAGUGAAGGACGAGCACUUUACAAUCUUGGUAAUGUAUAUCAUGCAAAAGGAAAACACAUUGGGCGAGUAGGGCAGCAAGAUCCAGGAGAAUUUCCAGAAGAUGUUAGAUCAUGUCUCCAGGAAGCUGUGAAGUACUAUGAGGAAAACUUGCAGUUGAUGAGAGAACUGAAUGAAACAGCAGCUCAGGGUCGUGCAUGUGGAAAUCUUGGGAAUACCUAUUACUUACUUGGUGAUUUCCAGAAAGCCAUACACUAUCAUGAGGAGAGAUUGAAAAUUGCGAGAGAAUUUGGUGAUAAGGCUGCAGAAAGGAGAGCCAAUAGCAAUUUAGGUAAUUCUCACAUAUUCCUUGGUGAAUUUGAAGCUGCAGCAGAACAUUACAAGAGAACAUUAGUGCUAGCACAAGAAUUGGGAGACCGAGCUGUUGAGGCUCAAGCAUGUUAUAGUUUGGGUAAUACUUAUACCUUACUUCGAGAUUAUCCGACUGCUAUUGAAUAUCAUCUACGCCAUUUAAUCAUUGCACAGCAGCUGAUGGAUAGAGUUGGAGAAGGACGAGCAUGUUGGAGUCUGGGUAAUGCGCACUCUGCAAUGGGUAACCAUGAAAAGGCACUUUACUUCGCAAGUAAACAUCUGGAAAUUUCAAAAGAGCUUGGCGAUACCAUGGGUCAAGCAACAGCUCAGAUGAAUGUGUCGGAUCUGCGCAAGGUCCUAGGUCUGCCAGUCACUGACUUGUCUCCAGAGAGUCAGCAGCUCCUGACAUCACUGUCUGACCAGGGAUCACCAGCUUGUUUACGCAGAUAUAGGGUGAGGAGACACAGCAUGGAACAACUGGAUCUUAUAAAGUUAACACCUGAAAACAAACAGAAACCUAAUGGGGACUUGUCAAACAACCAAUCUGAAACAGCUGCACAAGAAUGUCAGCAAUCAGCUGCUACUGCUGCUGCCACUGCCCCAGCUGAUGAAACAAAGACAGAACAUAUGGAAGACGAGGAAUCAUUUUUUGAUCUACUUUCUCGUUUCCAAUCAAAAAGAAUGGAUGACCAGCGGUGUUCGCUCAGUGUUGCCGACAACAAGGAGAAUAAUCAUAACAACAAUCUUACUCCUAACAAUCUAUUAAGUUGCGCUACGGGAAAUAGACCAGUCCCUCUCAAUAAUGCUGCCAUUACAUCAAACAAGGAAAAUGCUGUUUCAAAUGCAGGGAAUGGAGACUCAUCAAAAGUGCAAGAGGAGUUGCUAGACCUAAUUGCAGGCAUGCAGAGCAAGCGAAUGGAUGAACAAAGGGUUGCUUUGCCACAUUUACCAGGACUGCUUCCACCAUCACAAGUACAGAGGCUUUCACUUGGUUCUGCUCCAGAUGAUACCUUCUUAGAGAUGCUGAUGCGUUGUCAGAGUUCCAGAUUAGAGGACCAACGCAGUUCUCUGCCCACUGAUGAUAAUGAAACUGAAGGAGAAGCUCGAACACACUCUGCUGCUCGAGGUGCUACUGUUCCUGAUGAAGACUUUUUCUCACUCAUUAUGCGUUUGCAGUCUGGUCGCAUGGAAGACCAGCGUGCUUCUGUCCCUGUUGUCCCGACUGCCCCUGCGCCACUUGCAGAGAACAGACAAGCUUCAAGAAAGGACAAGAAGAAAUGACUAACACUGUCUGCCCCUCCUUCUUUGGAACGCUAGGGGGCAUUUGAACAGCUGAAUCAACAUUACAAAUCUUUGCUGCUUCCAUUACCGACUGAUGGGUAGGUUGUAAGGACAUGUUAGAUUUUACAGUGCCCUAUUUUAAACAGGGUUGGUAAUGGUGUAGCUUAGCUGUGAACAGUUGGUGUGUUUGUCAUUGCCUGUGAAUCAGUUCAGUUUUGCAGCAUUUACCACAGUAAUUUUGAAUGCCAUUCUCAGUAUAGUUAUAAAUCAGAUGAUGUUAUCCAACAUUUAUGUGCCAGGAUAGACCAGUAAACAACUUUUUCCCUAGUAUAUACAACAUUUGUGCAGUCAGAAUACAUUUUCAACAGAAUCUAUAUAUUUUAUUGUAAUAUUAAUUGCUUGGAAUGCUGCUAAUAUUCUACCUUUAAUGGGCUGAUUUGUUUCACUGCAAAAGACAGUUCUAAAUAUUUUUAUAAAAAUGGAGGUUAUUGUGCCAAAUCUGCUCAGUUCAGAAUUGAUGCUAUGUUGCCUGUAUAAACAGCAGCUGUAUGCAUAAAAUUACCAUCAUUAAACAAAAAAUUGUUUUGUAGUUGCAGAGAAUAACUAACAAAAAACAAAAGGUUUGAACAUUUCCCGCAUUUGGGUUUUAUUAUGACAUUGAAACAACAACUUCUGUUUGUGUAGUUUUUUGUUUAUAAUUUUUUAAUCAACGUUGUUUGUCAUCUGUUUGCUGUGAAGAGUUGCCCAGCAUUAUGUGAAUGUCUGUAACUGCCAAACGAUCUCAGUUUGUUAUUACUGUGAAUUGGCUCAUGAAAUACCCAGUUGGUAUUUUCUCUCUACUUCUUUCUCUGUUGUCCAGUUCCAUAUCUGAGUGGUUAGUGUGGCUGACUGCCAUCUAGAGGUUCCGGAUUCAAUUCCCAGUACUGCCAAGGACUUUUCCUUGGUUGAAGAACUGCAGCAGAGUCCACUGAGCCUCAUCAUGCCAGUUGAGGAGCGCUUGAAUGAUCAGAAGCAUUACAAGGUCUCUAAAGUUGACAAUGAAAGGGGAGAGGUGUGCUGACCCAAUUUCCCUUUAUAAUGCACCCAAAUGAUGCCAUUAGCUGAGGAUGACACGGUCGUUAGUUGGUCCCGUUUGGUCUGUCUGAGGCCAUGAUGAUGGAACUUUGUUGUUGUCUUUUUCUGCUAGUGCAUUUAUCCCCGCCUUCAUGACCUUCAAGAUGAAAGUACUGCACAGAGCAUUUAUUUCACAGCCAAAACACUACAAGCCUUCUGCAAUAGAAUUUACAAACUCAGUUAGGGUAUGGUAAAUGAGAAAAUAAAGAAUUUAAAGGACUUAAAUUUGCAAAGUGUGUUCUGAAUUAUAAAAUACUAGGUAAUGAAUAGAAUGUCCCUAGCACAUCUGGAUUUUGUUAGAAAUUUUCUUGCUCGGACCAGAACAGACAAGAAUUUGGAUAAAUAACAACGAUUCAGAUAGACUGUGCUGUGAAGUUUAGUAUAUAACAUGAAAAAUGAAACUUCCUAGCAGAUUAAAACUGUGUGCUAGACUGGGAAUCAAAGGUUCUGAGUUAAAGAGUCUCUCUCUGGCAUACAGUUUUAAUCUGACAGGAAGUGUCAAAACAGCACAAGUUCCAGUGUAGGGUAAAGAUUCAUUCUGGAAACAUGACAACUAUUUCUUAAAAUGUUUUGUGUAUUAAAUGAAUAAAAAUAAAGCAGUUUCAGCAGGAAGUAUGUUCCACAAGUGUACAUGAAAGCAAAAGUGAGACCCUUAUAUGGUACACGUUAACUUAAAUCUGAAUUGUAGCUAAUAGGUUUUGAAAAUAAUAAAGUAAUUUUCCUGCCAGCUAGAAGAGCAGUCAGUAAUAUUUUUUAUAAAUGAACAAAUUACACCACAUUU